AUGUCCGAACAGACACCCCUUCUAGCUCCGCAGACAUCAGCCGGUUCUGCCAUGAGCCGCAAUCAGAUGCCACUGGGUGUUGCCCAAGGUACAACAGAACUAAUGUCCCAGGAUAUUGCGAAUCAGCAUCAUCUACAACAGAAAGGACAGAGCCAGGAGCAUCAGGGAUCUAGCGGUUCUACGGUUACCAGGACUGGUCCCAGUUCCACCAAUAAUCAGUUUCAUCGUCACAACAAUCCCAAUAUUAACACCACGCCUAUAAGACCAGACUAUCCUCCUGUUAUUAAUGGCACUGGUGCUGGAGUACGCAGGAAUGGCCCUCAAAGAACGUCAUAUACAACCCAAAAACUGAAACUGCUGCCUGAUGAGCCUGUUUCGACUGACGAUGAUGAUAUCAGUAUUAGUGAGGGUGAUGUUUACUCUCAAGUUGCCAGAAUUAAAGACAGACCAGCACGUAAGGAUGCUGAACGUCUGGGUAAGGCUCAUCGUUCCAUGUUACCAAGAGUGACUGCUUACUGUACAGCUGGUUCAUAUCGCAUUAACGACCUAUCUCGAUACUUCUUAGGACGGAAAUCUCAUGGCACUGCGCCAAAGCUUUUUGAUGAGUGUUUAUACACACCAUAUAGAUACAGACGGGAUAAUGGAAGCAGCAGUACAAAUACCAGUCCUACUCUGUCAACAGCACCUGACCCAACGUCGGAUGAAACCAUAGUCUCCUCAGAGGCUGACUCUCAACCCAGUGACUUUAUUCGAUUGGAUGAUGAAGGUGGCGAGAUUGAUGUUUCUUACGGCCGUAGUGAACUUUUUUUGUUUGACUAUGGAGUUACUGUAUUUUGGGGAUUUACAGAGGCAGAAGAGAAAAGGUUUUUAAAAGAACUCGCCAGGUUUGAAACCGAAAAGCUGGCUGACGAAGACGUCCAAAUUGAAGAGUUUAACUACUACAUUACUAAAUCAUACCAACCACGUAUCUACAAUGAUUUCAUCACCUUGAGAGACAACACUAAUUACAUGAUUAAACUAUCCAUUUCGCAUGCCAUUGCCCAAUCGGUAAAGAUAUCACUAUUUGAAGAGCUUGUUGAUAACACUAUUGAAGACACCCAAGACUUCCCACAGGAAAUUGCUUUAACAGGGAAAAUCAACAUGAACCGAAAGAACAUUAUGAAAAGUAUUGGCGAGCUUUUCAUCCUUCGAAUUAGUAAGUUAAAAACUGUGAACGAGGCAACCAAGGCAAUCAAAUAUACUAACAAUCAACAGAUAUUAAUCUGCACGGAUCAAUUCUGGACUCGCCUGAACUUAUGUGGGCAGAGCCACAUCUUGAGCCCAUUUAUCAAGCUACCCGUGGAUAUCUUGAAAUCAACCAGAGAGUUUCGCUCUUAA